AUGAAAAAUAGAAGCAAAUUUCCUAAGGUUUUGCUUAUAUGCUUUACAUUAAGCACUAUCAACUAUGGAACAAUGGCAAUCUUGGGAUAUGCUAUGUAUGGAGGAAAUUUGAUGUCCCAGGUAACUUUAAAUCUUCCAAUGAAAAGCAUUAGUUCCAAAAUUGCAAUCUAUACUACGCUGAUAAAUCCUGUAACCAAGUAUGCCAUCAUUGUUUCACCAAUUGCAAGUGCUCUAGAUGAAGCAUUGAGUUCGCAUAGUAGUAAACUAGCAAGAAGACCAGCAAGAUUGAUCAUAAAAACAGUUUUGGUGAUCAGUACAACUGUUGUGGCGUUAGUCAUUCCAUUUUUUGGAAGUAUAAUGGCAUUUAUUGGCUCGUUUCUUAGCGUCAGUGGCUCGAUCUUGAUUCCAUGUCUAUGUUAUUUGAAAAUCGAUAAAACUUCUCGAAGAUUUGGAACAGAGUUGAUCAUCAUCGUGUUGUACGAUGAUGGCCAUCUUCCUGGUGGUAGCACCGGAUGGUGA